CUACACAACACUAGCCUCCCCCCUGCUUUUCCCCAUAAUAAAAUCUCAAGGAAUUAAAGCUGGUGGAAAGCUCCCUUCCUAUGUUCUGUGUGUGAGAGGAGGCCCCAAACAAACACACCUAAAGAAAAAAACAUUCUCUUAGAGAGAGAGAGAGAGAAAUUGUAGACCAUUUCUCUUCCGCCCUAAGCUAUAGCUGUAACCCUUUUUAUUUUUUGUUCUUGUUUACGGUAUAUAAUUAUCUUCCCCACCUCCUGUGUAUCCCUUCAUGUGAUCAACAUUUAGACCCCCCUAAAUAGAAGAUCAUAUAUAGCUACUACACCACCGAGUGAUCACAACUAGAUUAUAUAUAUAUACACACACACACACAUAUAUAUAUAUAUAAUAAAUAAUAAUAAUUAAUAAUUAUCCAUGUUAAGCUCUCCCUCGCCGGCCCCCGCACCGCCGCCGCCGCCUCUGCCGCUCCUCCUCAGCGGCGGCGUGGGCGACGCGUCCUCCGCCUCCCCCGGCCCUCCGCAGCCGUUCCCUUCCUCGCACAUUGCCGCCGCGACCGCCAAGAAGAAACGCCGGCCGGCCGGCACUCCAGAUCCGGACGCGGAGGUGGUGUCGCUGUCGCCGCGGACGCUGCUGGAGUCGGACCGGUACGUGUGCGAGAUCUGCAACCAGGGGUUCCAGCGGGACCAGAACCUGCAGAUGCACCGGCGGCGGCACAAGGUGCCGUGGAAGCUGCUGAAGCGCGAGGGCGGCGCGGGGGGCGAGGGGGCCGGCGCGGAGGCGCGGAAGCGGGUGUUCGUGUGCCCGGAGCCGAGCUGCCUGCACCACGACCCCUGCCACGCGCUCGGCGACCUCGUCGGGAUCAAGAAGCACUUCCGCCGCAAGCACAGCACCCACCGCCAGUGGGUCUGCGCCAAGUGCUCCAAGGCCUACGCCGUCCAGUCCGACUACAAGGCCCACCUCAAGACCUGCGGCACCCGCGGCCACUCCUGCGACUGCGGCCGCGUCUUCUCCAGGGUGGAGAGCUUCAUAGAGCACCAAGACGCAUGCAGCGCGGGACGAGCCCGAGCCCGAGCCGAGCUCCAAACCCCGCCGCCGCCUCCGGCGUGCUUGUCGCGAACCGGUUCGAGCCCGAGCCCGUCCAGCGACACCAAUUUUAGCCCAACAACGACGCUUGCGACGCUCAUCAUGCCGAACCGCAACGCCGCCACUAUGUUGCGCCACGCUGAUCAGCUAUUCCCUUCACCCCGCUCCCACAAUCUCGAGCUCCAGUUACUCCCCCCCUCGACCACCCAACAGUACUCCGUUUCCUCCACUCUCUCCUCCUCUCUCGCUUCCGUCGUCGCCGACGAGGCCCGCGACACGACGCUGAGGCUUUCGAUCGGUAACUUUACCGGUAACAGCGGCCCCUCCGACAAUAUAUACCCCGCGUGCGCUGUUAGCGAAGAGGCGAGGGAGCGGUCGAGGUUGGCGGCGGCGGACGAGGCGCGGCGGGAGGCCAAGCGGCAGAUAGAGCUGGCCGAGCGGGAGUUCGCGGACGCGAAGCGGAUCCGGCACCAGGCGCAGACGGAGCUCGACCGGGCGCGCGCGAUACGCGACCGCGCCGUGCAGCAAAUCAAUUCGGUCUUGCUCCAAAUCACUUGCUACGCCUGCAAGAAGCACUUCCGGGCGAAGCCCGUCGCGGCUUCUGACGAGAACUCGUCGCUCGUCGCGACGAGCUACGUGUCGUCGGUGGUGACCCAAGUCGAAGCGGAGAACGAUGAUCGUCGCCAAAAUAAUAACAAAACCAAGAUCGAUCCUUUUCAGUGAGAAUGUAGUUAUUAGAAGUAUAUGCUUGCUUUAGUUUAACUGUAUGAGCUAUCCACGAGUGGGGGGUAAUUAGGUAAUUAAAGUUAAUGCUGUGGUCGUGAAGGGUCUAUUGUGGCAUGAGAUCUUAUAUAUGUUUGUUUGCUUGUUUUGUUAUUAUUAUUAUUAUCAUUGAUGAAGGAGAAAGCGAGGGGGUGAUGAUGUUCAUGAUAAGGAUGAUUAUGAUCGAGAGUUUGGAUCUCUUCUUUUCCUUUUGGAUCCGCUUAUGUGGUGUGCAUUUGUAAAUGGAAAUGUUAAUUUCUCUGAAAAGCUAUGCAAAUAAAUGAAUGAAAAAAAAAAAAAGCAAAUUAAUUUGGUGCAA